AAAGAAGCGACACGCGUUCCGUAUCAUUUUCCAAUUGGCGCUCGUUCACCGCGGCCGUGCCGUCGAUCCGACAACAGUUGCAGCAGCAGCAGCAGCAGCAGCAGCCGCCGCCGCCGCCGCCGCCGCAGCCGCCGCCGCAUUAAUCUCUACGGCCGUCACUAUUACCACACGCCGCCGCCGCCGCCGCCACAACUACUUCUACAUCGCGGCCGGUACAACUGCCGUUGCCACAAUCGCCGCUGACUACUGAUACGGCCGCCGCUGAUAACUCGUGGUUCUCACACGACGGCGAUGAUAGUAUGAUACAAUAAACAGUCGUCGACCGGUUCGGCUCCGUUUCAGUUUUUUUUUUUUUUUUCGUUUAAAUUUUAGUUUUUCGUUUUUCGCGCUCCUCCCUUUCUUCUUCCCCUCCCUCGUCGCCUUCGAGCUCAAGUCUAUUAUUCACCUACCUGCUCACCGACGCCGACAGCUUGUAGUUAGAAAUAAAUAGUCGGCACCCGAACGUUUCUCAUUAGAGCCGAAAAGCCUUUGACUUUACGUUCCUCCACUCUGGCGUAUUGAAACUUCGCACCACACGCAUCACCAACAAGACGAAUCAUCCGUCCGCCGUCAUGUCGUCACCAACCAACUCCGUCCCAUAUGGCGUACAGAUUCUGCAAAAGAUUGCCGACAAGUUUCCCCGCCUCACCCGGAUCGUCGACCGUGAAAAUUUGUACAAAUAUAGUGUUCUCAUUUUGACAUUCAUCACAUAUGCAGCCUAUCAUGCAUCUCGAAAACCCAUUAGUGUUGUUAAAAUUGUGUUGUAUCAAAACUGUUCUGAAGUUACUACCCCUGCUCCUAUUAACAACACAGAUCCCGAUUGGUGUAACUGGGCACCAUUUAAUGCUGAACACCACAACGCUUUGUUUGGAACAUUGGAUUCAGCAUUCCUUUUUUCCUAUGGGAUAGCAAUGUUUUUUAGUGGUAUAAUUGCGGAACGUGUCAACAUACGAAUUUUCCUCACUAUUGGAAUGCUUUUAUCUGGUACAGCUUGCUCAAUGUUUGGAUUAGCUCAUUAUUACAAUAUACAUUCCAUGUGGUAUUUUAUUGGAGUUCAGAUAUUUGGUGGUAUUUGUCAAACUACUGGAUGGCCGGGUGUUGUAACUGCAAUGGGCAAUUGGUUUGGAAAAGGAAACCGAGGGUUUAUAUUUGGUAUUUGGAACUCUCACACAUCAAUUGGAAAUAUCAUUGGUACUUUACUUGCCAGUUUGUAUGUUGAAUCAAAUUGGGGAUUAUCAUUUAUUGUUCCUGGAAUAUUUAUUAUUUCUUCUGGAAUUCUAAUUUAUUUGUUUCUUGUUGUCCAUCCAUCUGAUAUAAAUAGUGAUUCUCACUUGAAUGAAAAAGUCCAGAAUGGUCACAAGGCCUUAGAGAGGAAUGGAAUACGAAGACAAUCACCUCAUCGUGACUAUAAUGUACCAGAAGAAAAUGAAAUUUUGAAGGGCAGUUCAGAAGAGAAAAAACCCAGCACUUCCCCACAAGAGGUCUCUAUACCUCUUGGCGAUAUAUCAUCUAAGGAGUUGUCAUUGUUACCUUCUAACAAGGAUGAAGUAAAAGAAAAAACUGAAGGCAGUCCAAUUCUUUCCCAUUUAAAUGGUUCACCAAAGAAAGCUGUUGGUUUCAUAGGUGCCAUCAAAAUUCCUGGUGUAAUCGAAUUCUCCAUGUGUUUAUUCUUUGCAAAACUAGUCAGUUACACUUUCCUAUACUGGUUACCAAAUUAUAUUAAGUAUUCUUCUACCUAUAGCCCUUCGCAAAGUGCAGAUUUGUCAACCUUGUUUGAUGUUGGUGGUAUUUUUGGUGGAAUUGCCGCAGGAAUAUUCAGUGAUAUGUUUGGAAAAAGUGCAUGUACUUGUGCAGUUAUGUUGUUUUUGGCCAUUCCAUCUCUUUAUGCCUACAAUUUGUUAUCUUCGGUCAGCUUAAUUGUGAACAUUGCAUUAUUGGUGGUUGCUGGUGGUCUGGUUAAUGGACCAUACGCUCUGAUUACUACUGCGGUAUCUGCUGAAUUAGGAACACACAGUUCUUUAAAAGGAAAUUCCAAAGCAUUAUCUACUGUUACAUCUAUUAUUGAUGGCACUGGAUCAAUUGGGGCAGCCGUUGGACCUCUUCUAGCUGCUUAUAUAUCCGACCUUUUUGAUUGGACAAGUGUUUUUUAUAUGCUUAUGGGUUCCAAUGUACUUGCAAUAUUGUUGCUUACACGACUGGUUAAGCGAGAACUCCAGAAUGUUGACUAGCUCUAAAAUACCCUAUAACUGAUAAGACUUAUAUGAAGAAUGAAACAUAUUAGUUUGUAAAAUGUCCUUGCUAUCAUGCAGUUGGUUAAAAGAAAAAGAAAUACACAAGAAUUAACUUUU